AUGACUCAGGCAUUUUCUGAUCGUUCAAGUUUGAAAAGGCAUUUGAGGAUACACACUAAUGAAAACCCACUUCCUUGUGAUUAUUGUGAAAAGGCAUUUUCUAAAAGAUCCAACUUGAAAAGGCAUUUGAGGAUACACACUAAUGAAAAACCGUACUCUUGUGAUUAUUGUAGCAAGUCAUUUUCUCAGAGUCACCAUUUGAAAAUGCAUUUGAGGGCACACAGUGUCGAAAAACCGUACUCUUGUGAAUAUUGUGAAAUGACAUUUUCUGGUAGUUCACAGUUGAAAAGACAUUUGAGGGUACACACUACUGAAAAGUCAUAUUGUUGUGAUUAUUGUGGAAGGGCAUUUUCUGAUCGUUCAAGUUUGAAAAGGCAUUUCAGGAUACACAUUAAUGAAAACCCACUUCCUUGUGAUUAUUGUGAAAAGGCAUUUUCUAAAAGAUCCAACUUGAAAAGGCAUUUGAGGAUACACACUAAUGAAAAACCGUACUCUUGUGAUUAUUGUAGCAAGUCAUUUUCUCAGAGUCACCAUUUGAAAAUGCAUUUGAGGGCACACAGUGUCGAAAAACCGUACUCUUGUGAAUAUUGUAAAAUGACUUUUUCUGGUAGUUCACAGUUGAAAAUGCAAGUGAGGAUACACACUAAUGAAAAACCGUAUUGUUCUGAUUACUGUGAAGAGGCAUUUUCUGAUCGUUCAAGUUUGAAAAGGCAUUUGAGGAUACACACUAAUGAAAACCCACUUCCUUGCGAUUAUUGUGAAAAGGCAUUUUCUAAAAGAUCCAACUUGAAAAGGCAUUUGAGGAUACACACUAAUGAAAAACCCUACUCUUGUGAUUAUUGUAGCAAGUCAUUUUCUCAGAGUCACCAUUUGAAAAUGCAUUUGAGGGCACACAUUGUCGAAAAACCAUCCUCUUGUGAUUAGUGCGACAAGACCUUUUCUCUUAGUUCAAGUAUGAAAAGGCAUUUGAUGAGGACUGAUUACAGGGCUGCCAGUGGCGACUAAAAAAGCAACCAUUGCAACUAUUUUGAGAAGUUGCAGACUAUGACGACUGUUUUGGCUUAAAUUAAGGCAAAAACGACCAUUUUGUUAAAAAAAAAAUGCCACUAUUUUGCCUAUAAGCGAUUAAAAUGUAAAAUGGUUUUCUUAGUAACUCUGUUUUUAAUCUUAUUAUUACUGUUUCAUUCUUUAUUUAUUUUUUUCGAUUUCUUACAAAAAAAAAAAAAAAAAUGAAAUUAUUUGUACUGGCAAAUUGUACAA